CUUUCUCCCUUGAAGGUUUUCAAACCGUACCAGGCAUCCCAGCACGACAUGUGCCGAUUCCACUCUGAGGACUACAUAGACUUCCUGCAGAGAGUGAGCCCCAACAACAUGCAAGGAUUCACCAAGAGCCUCAACGCCUUCAACGUGGGUGAUGACUGCCCAGUGUUUCCAGGCCUCUUUGAAUUUUGCUCCCGCUAUACUGGGGCCUCCCUACAGGGAGCAACACAGCUGAACAACAAGAUCUGUGAUAUUGCAAUAAACUGGGCAGGAGGCCUGCAUCAUGCCAAAAAGUUUGAGGCUUCUGGGUUCUGUUACGUUAACGACAUAGUUAUCGGCAUCCUGGAGCUGCUCAAAUAUCACCCACGUGUUCUGUAUAUUGAUAUCGAUAUCCAUCAUGGAGACGGUGUGCAGGAGGCUUUCUACUUGACGGACCGUGUCAUGACAGUGUCAUUUCAUAAAUAUGGGAACUAUUUCUUUCCUGGUACAGGUGACAUGUAUGAAGUUGGCGCAGAGAGCGGUCGUUACUACUGUCUCAACGUGCCUCUACGAGAUGGCAUUGACGACCAAAGUUAUAAACACCUCUUCCAGCCAGUCAUUAACCAGGUGGUAGAUUACUAUCAGCCCACCUGCAUAGUAUUGCAGUGCGGUGCUGAUUCUCUGGGUUGUGACCGUUUGGGUUGUUUUAACCUCAGUAUAAGAGGACAUGGGGAGUGCGUGGAGUACGUAAAGAGCUUCAACAUCCCCUUGCUGGUGCUGGGAGGAGGUGGUUACACAGUCCGCAAUGUGGCACGAUGCUGGACUUAUGAAACGUCAUUGCUCGUAGAUGAAGCAAUCAGCGAAGAGCUCCCAUACAGUGAGUACUUUGAAUACUUCGCUCCAGACUUCACCCUUCAUCCUGACGUCAGUACGAGGAUUGAAAAUCAAAACUCCAGGCAGUACUUGGAUCAGAUCAGGCAGACGAUAUUUGAGAACCUGAAAAUGCUGAACCAUGCUCCCAGCGUGCAGAUCCAUGACGUCCCUUCCGACUUGCUCAGCUAUGAUCGCACAGAUGAGCCUGAUCCAGAGGAAAGAGGAUCUGAGGAAAACUACAGCAGGCCUGAAGCUGCCAACGAGUUUUAUGAUGGUGACCAUGAUAACGACAAAGAGAGUGAUGUUGAGAUCUGA